CCUCCUACGUCACUGCCCUGCCAAUCCGGCGGGCGCUCGGCGCUGGGGGCGGGCGUCCCAGUCCUGCCCUGCCUGCAGUGCGCCGAGGACGCGGCGUGGGCAUGUAUCGGCUCCUGGUCACUAGCCUGGGCCGAGGCCUCCUACGAGCCGCGGGGCGGUGGCGCCCGUACUGCUCGGCGCGCCUGCUCCCAGGUCUGGCAGGAGGCCGGGCGCCCGAGGUGCAGGUGCCGCCUUUCCGAGUCCCGCCGCACGGCUGGGGCCCGGGCCUGCUGCCGCCGCUGGCAGCGCUCGCCUGGUUCUCGAGGCCCGCUGACGCAGAGGAGGACGAGCAGCAGCGCGCGGGUGGGGCCGCCGCCGACGACGCGGCGGACGAGGCUGAGGCGGAGAUCAUCCAGCUGCUGAAGCGAGCCAAGUUGAGCAUCAUGAAAGAUGAGCCAGAAGAGGCUGAGCUAAUUUUGCAUGACGCUCUUCGUCUUGCUUAUCAGAACAAUAACAAGAAGGCCAUCACUUACACUUACGAUUUGAUGGCCAACUUAGCAUUUAUACGUGGUCAGCUUGAUAAUGCAGAAAAACUUUUUAAAGCAACAAUGAGUUACCUACUUGGAGGGGGCAUGCCACAGGAAGACAAUGCAAUAAUUGAAAUCUCUCUCAAGUUGGCCAGUAUCUAUGCUGCUCAGAAUAAAGAGGAAUUUGCUCUUGCUGGCUACGAAUUCUGCAUUUCAACUCUAGAGGGAAAAAUUGAAAAAGAAAAGGAAUUAGCAGACUGCGUUUUGUCAGUGGAAGAGAAAGCCAAUACCCACCUCCUCCUUGGCAUGUGCUUAGACGCCUAUGCUCACUACCUUCUAUUAUCCAAGCAGCCGUCACAGGCACAAAGGAUGUAUGAAAGAGCUUUGCAGAUUUCUGAAGAAAUACUAGGAGAAAGACACCCGCGGGUAAAAUGCCAGGGAAAGGUGGGGGAAAGAAGGCAGGCAGGCCUGCAUAAAAAAAAGUUGAUUAUUGACAUGAAAGCAAGCACAGCAUGCAAGCUCUUUACAACAACCAUCGUGCUGAUGAGUGACCUGGCUACCACCCUGGAUGCACAGGGCCGCUUUGACGAGGCCUGUGUUUAUGUGCAAAGGGCAUCAGACCUGGCGAGACAGACUGAACACCCUGAGCUCCACAUGCUGCUCAGUAAUCUAGCUGCAGUUCUGAUGCACAGAGAACGAUAUGCACAAGCAAAAGAGAUCUACCAGGAAGCCCUGAAGCGAGCAGAGCUGAAAAGAGAUGAGGUUUCUAUACAGCACAUCAGGGAAGAGUUGGCUGAGCUGUCAAGGAAAAGCAGAUCUUUAACCUAAUUUGAUCAAACUCUAAAUGCCUUCUGUUGUAGGGAAUUUCCAGUAACACCUUUUAUCUAGUCUCAGCACACAAAUCAGUGGUCUAAUCCAUUGUCCUUGCUAUCCACAUUUCCUCAUCUUAGCCUGGUGAAGGACACACAUAUACAUUGCCACUUUUCUAAAGGAAAACAACUUCCAUGCCUCACUGGUUCUACCUUCUAAUGGGUGUCAGUUAUGUCUGUGCUGGGGUCUAAGUGCAGAUUAAGCUAGGCCAGUUUUCCUCUGGGGUGGAUAAUAAAAACCGUUAGUUAUUCAGCCAAGUACCUCUAUUGUAAGAUUCUAAUCCACUGAUUUGCUGCCCUCUCUUCUGUUUUAUCACUACCUGGCAGACCAAAGCUACCUGUCUCAUGGCAGAGAGCAAUUAUGGUGAGUUAUCUUUCUUACUGGUUUCAUGGAAGCAUUGUGAGAUUUAAUGCAUACAGGAGCAAAAGAAUAUUUAUUUUUGCCACCAGCAUCCAGUGUGAAUUUUUAACAUGGGAAUUAGGCACUUGAAAGAUUUGAUAAUAAAUACAAGUGAGCUCUAUGUUUUUGCUUAUAGCUGGUUGUUUACAACAAUGAAACAGUGGUCACCUCUGACAUAAACUCUUGUAGCUGUCUGAGCACUCCACAUCCUGUAUGGCUGAGCUGUGAAGGAAAAGUAGACCUUUAAUUUGAUCAAGCUCUAAAUGCCUUUGGUUGUAGGGAAUUUCCAGUAACACCUAUUAUUGUCUCACAAGCAUGCAGCAGUCACCUGGGGAGCUCUUCAGAGAUGCACAUGCCUUAGGUGCCUCCCAACCCUUCUGAAUCAGGGCAGGGCACCCCAAGUGCAGCGUUGAAAGCCCCCCAGUAAUUGUGAUACAGACAGACAGUAGGAGAGUUGCUGACCUGGGUCCUUGUCCUGAGUUUGGUUCUCAGUAUCCUCAUCUGUAAAGUAGGGGAGAGAUGGGGUUCCCUCGAAAGCACUUUCUCACAUUGCCUCACAGUAUAUAAAGGAUAUAAAUACAAGAUACACAGACGGAUGUUGUUACUCAGCAGUCUUGCAGAGAGCCACUUGCCUAGAGGAAAGGCCAUUCUUCCCGGUCUCUCGAGGAAACUAUUGUUUGUGUGCCUUUGGGGUGGGGUGUGAGAGGGAAGGGAACCUGGCAUUUUUGGUUCCUGUGUACAACAAACUGGAAAAACCCUUUCA